UUGAGGGAGGUUUCUGAGAGGGCGGGGCUUUCCACCAAAAGGAAGGAAGGAAGGAGGGGGAGGUCAUCGUCAGCUUGAACCGGCAGCAGCCACCACUGGCACCGCUAAAGGAGCAGGCACAACCGUCUUGCGCGCGACAGGACCGAGGUGUUGGAGGAGGGGCGGGCAAAGAAAAGAAGGAGGCCGCCGGGCGCAGAACCACAGUGAUACGAACAGGAAGCAGUGUCCCAUCUUGAACUGAUCUUCCCUGGGAAAUGGCCAAGCUUGUUCCAGCCUUCAAGAAAAUCACUAGAAAGCAACAAUUUUAAAUGUGCAGCCUGCUUUAUAUCAAAGGCCAGGAAAAGGAAAGAUAGAUCAUGAUGGUAUCCAUCCCAGAAUACUAUGAAGGCAAGAAUGUCCUCCUCACUGGAGCUACUGGCUUCAUGGGAAAAGUUCUUCUGGAAAAGCUACUAAGGUCCUGUCCGAAGGUGAAAACAGUUUAUGUAUUGGUUAGACACAAAGCAGGGAAGACUUCGCAAGAACGAGUGGAGGAAAUGAUCAGUUGCAAGCUCUUUGACAGAUUGAAAGAUGAACAGCCAGAAUUUAAAGAAAAAAUUAUAGCAGUUGCUAGUGACCUUACAGAAGUAGAAAUGGCCCUUAGUGAGGAGGACAAGGAAAAUCUCAUAAACUCCACUAACAUUAUAUUUCACUGUGCUGCUACUGUAAGAUUCAAUGAAAUUCUAAGAGAUGCUGUUCAGCUCAAUGUAAUUGCCACACAACAGCUUCUCUUUUUGGCCCAGAAAAUGAAGAAUCUUGAUGUGUUCAUCCAUGUUUCAACAGCGUUUGCAUACUGCAACCGAAAAUACAUUGAGGAAGUGGUCUAUCCACCCCCUGUUGAUCCUAAGAAAUUAAUAGAUUCCUUAGAGUGGAUGGAUGACAGCCUAGUGAAUGAUAUUACACCAAAACUAAUAGGAGACAUGCCUAAUACUUACACAUAUACAAAAGCCUUGGCAGAACACAUUGUGCAACAGGAAGGUGCAAAACUAAAUGUAGCUAUUGUAAGGCCAUCAAUUGUGGGUGCCAGCUGGAAGGAGCCUUUUCCAGGAUGGAUUGAUAACUUCAACGGACCUAGUGGCCUUUUUAUUGCUGCAGGAAAAGGAAUUCUUCGAACAAUGCGAGCCUCCAACAAUGCAGUUGCUGAUCUUAUUCCAGUAGAUGUAGUCAUCAACACAACAAUAGCUGCUGCUUGGUAUUCCGGAGUUAAUAGGUAUAACAGACCAAGAAAUAUUAUGGUAUACAACUGUACAACGGGUGGCACCAAUCCCUUCCAUUGGGGUGAAGUUGAAUACCAUGUAAUAUCCACUUUCAAGAGGAACCCUCUCGAACAGGCCUUCAGACGGCCCAAUGUAAAUCUAACCUCCAAUCACCUUUUAUAUCACUACUGGAUUGCUGUAAGCCAUAAGGCCCCAGCAUUCCUGUAUGAUAUCUACCUCAGGAUUACAGGAAGAAGCCCAAGGAUGAUGAAAACAAUAACACGUCUUCACAAGGCUAUGAUGUUGUUGGAGUAUUUCACCAGUAAUUCUUGGGACUGGAACACAGAUAAUGUCAAUAUGCUCAUGAGCCAGCUGAGUCCUGAAGACAAAAAGGCAUUUAAUUUUGAUGUUCGACAGUUACACUGGGCAGAAUAUAUGGAAAAUUACUGCAUGGGAACAAAGAAAUAUGUAUUGAAUGAGGAAAUGUCUGGUCUUCCAGCAGCUCGGAAACACUUGAAUAAACUAAGGAACAUUCGUUAUGGCUUCAAUACAGUGCUUGUGAUCCUCAUCUGGCGUAUUUUCAUUGCAAGAUCACAAAUGGCAAGAAACAUCUGGUAUUUUGUUGUUAGCCUAUGUUACAAAUUUCUCUCUUACUUCAGAGCAUCCAGCACUAUGAGAUACUGAAGAUGACAAUUCGAGAAUUAGAACAUCUAUGCAUAUGGUGGUCUAAUGGCAUAAAGCCGUAAAAUGUACCUACUCAUCUCGUCUUUUGUAAAAACAUGAAAUACUAGAUCUGGAUUGUGAAAUACAGUACACGUGAUGCUUAAUUGUGUAUUUCUGUGAAGAUCAUAUGGCUGGUACUGGAUCAAUCUGUCAUUAGGCAAAUACGUAGGUUAAAUAUCCAAAUGGAUUUAAUAUAUCUGUAUGAGGAAAACAAUUGGGCCACUGACCAAUGUAACUGUGCAAUUCUGGAAUACAUUGAAAUUAAAAUCUGCCUUAACAUAGUAAACUUAAUUUUUAUUGCAAAUAAGCGUGUUUAGUUAAGGUGAACAAAUUACUGGCUUACAUGGUAGCUCUAUUUAUUUAAUUGCAAUUGGUUUGUCUGGUUAAUCUUAUGAGAGACGUGUCUUUGUAAAUGAUUGUGAGUUGGGCAUUCCGUUAGUCUUUUAUUCUUCUCUCCUCCUUUCCAGUCCCCUAAAUUGAAAAAGCAGAGAUCCUUUAAGGGAAAAACUGCGGCUGGUAUACAGCAUUUUUCUCUGUGUGUUUCUCUGAAUUGUGGCUUAGAACUGUUUUUAUGGGUGAGAAAAGGGGUGAUCACAUUUAUCCCUUAGAAGUUGCACACAAGGGAAACUUGUCAUUACAGAUCACUGGCAUUUUCCCACUACUGCCGAAGAAAUCAGGAACUUUGAAAUUUUGUUCUGUGAUUUAGAGCAUAAAUCUGUUCAGGAAAUUCCCUAGAUAACCCACAGAAUUUUAAAUUGAAUUAUUAAGCAUUUAUUUUAAAGCAGUCAAGUUGACAUUGAUGCUAAAUAAAACUCAGCAUAGUUUGUGGGAAUGGUGAAAGUAUACAUGAAGAAAAUAAAAAAUAACAAUAGCUACUAGGGUAAAUGUAUUUUCUGGAUGUUUAACUUGCUUUAGCAGAAAAAAUGCAUUUACAAGAUUCCUGAUUAAAGGUUUAAUUAAGCACAUAUAAUACUUAAAUAGUUCCCUGUAAAACAAAGUUACAUACAAUUCUCUGCUAACAUUAACAUUCCUUUUAUUUGACAUAAUCCACCAUACCUAUGUGGUGGCAAACUGAUUAACUUCUAUUAUACCUGUUUUUAUUACAUAGCUAAUUUGAAUGAAUCCUGAAUGAAUCAUAAGAAUUACACAAAGCACAUGUGUCCUUAUACUUGUCAUUCCACACAUAAAGCUUGUCUUGCUGUUGUGGAAACAUAACUUUCAUGCAAAUGUGCAUCUAAUUUUGGAGAUAGAGCUUCCUUGUUGAAGUUUAAAUAUUUUAUCUAAUUAAGUACUUAAGUGUACAGUGGUUUUUUAAAAAGAGAUCUGUAUAUAAUUUUCCAGGGAUGCAAAACGUUACACAGUCAAAGACCAUACCAUUAAGUGUGUGAGACUGUUGUGACAAUGGUAGGAAUACAAUAAAAUUGUGGUUCUGUGAUUUAAGGUUUAACAGUGAGGUGCAAUAUUCCUACUGUAUCUGCGCAGCUGCUCCCCUCUCAUUGAACUUUGAAGUUUACUUGGCAUUUUAGUAUAUUGUGGGCUUGGUUUUUGCACAAGAUGCCUGUAAACAUGCAUGAGAGGCAAUUGUAAGAUGCUUAGACUCCGAGUUCAUUUUCCUCAUAGUACUGAUAACCCCUGGAACUAAUUCAGUUGAGAAAUUUACAUCACAAUCCAUAAUACUGCUGAACAAAUUAUAUUAUUAACUGAUAAAAUGUUUGGUUCUCCACGCUAGAAUCUAAUGUCCAGUGUGGUUGCCAUAUUGGAUUCCUAGGAUUUCAGUUUAAUUUACCUAGCUUUCUCAUACAAAGACAACAUACUAUGUCACAAUGUUCUAGCAUUCUACACAAAUCCAGAUGAUCAAGGGACUUUCUCAUAUCUGGUUCCUACAGUUUUGGUGUUUAUACUAAGGUUGCAACUUCAUUUUUCCCCAGACUAGUUAAUUAAAAUAAACAGGAUCCAUAAUUUUGGGUAUUAAACUGAAAAAUCUAAUUGGCUUUAAGAAACUGUCAAACCUAAAGUGAGAGGAGAGCAUUCUGAAAUGGAUCGCUCAGGUAGUGUGCCAGAACUUUAACAUUUGGGACCAUGGGAAGAACAUUACCCUGCAAUGUAGUUUUCUGCUGUAGGAACAUAUUAUGAAAACAAAACUUUAAAUCAUAAGUUUUAUAAAAUAGAAAUAUUGGGUGCCUUUGUUUGUAAACCAAAAAUAAACAAAUUCCUGAAUAUGA